AUGAAUGGGAAAAUUAAGCCUGGGGAGAGAAACAGGCCGGACCUUCGGGGGAGGGGCGGUGCCCGUGGCGGGUCGCGGGAGGCGGGGGCUCACGGAGGUCCUCCCGGCACGGCACCGGGCGCAGAAAGGGGACCCCGGGGCCCGCGGGGCAAUGCUCCGGCUCCCGCCGCGACCCUGGUGCGGGACGCGGAUCGCACAGCCCGCGAGGGGCCGGUACACCCGUGUUUCCUGAUUCUGUUAGAGGAGCUGGGCGGGCUGGGGCCUGGGACCCAGGGGCCUGGGGCCACCGGGUUGCCCCGGACCCGCCACCGCCCGAAAACAGCGGUGGCCUCCGCGGGAGCCCCCGGCCGAGCGCGCAGAGCCGCGGCGGCCGCCUCAGUCUCCCGGUCCGCGCAGUGGGGCUGCCCCGCCACGUCUCCGCGGGCCACGCCUUCCCGGGGCCGCCGCCUCCAGAGCCCGCCGGGCCCGCUCACCUCCGCGCGGCCGGGCGCGACGCCGCUCGGGAGGGCGGCCCGCGGGGUGGGCUGCGCCUGCGGCUCGGGGCGACCCCGGCUCGGGACCCCGCGCCUCCGCCAGGACCGGAACGUGGCCGCGGGCGCCGGGAGACCCCUUCCGGGCGGCUCGAGUUACCCCCCGCGCCCCUCCCCUCCCGCGGCUCACCGGGCGGUCCGCGAAGCCGCCCCUGAUCCACGCGUGGGGGGGAAACUGAGGCCCCAGAGCCCGGGACAGAGCUGGUCAGCGGCGGGCGACCUCGAACCCAGGGCCCCACCGCAGGCCGUCCGCGGGCCUCGGACCCAGCCCACCGCCGGGAGAACUCGGAGCCCUUCUCUCCCCCUCUCCAGACCCCUCAUCCCGCCCGGCCCACUUUUCCCACCGAGCCAAGCCUGGGACGGCUUCGGCCCGGCGCCUCCUCUGGGCGGGCUCCUAUCCAGCCCGCGAGGCCCGGGCGAGCUUCCUGGCGACUCCACCCGGCCCCUGAAAUUCUCGAAUCUGUUUCUGGGGCUUAUCCAUUUCUGCUUCCGCCACUGCCAGCGGCCUGCCGCCCACCCGCGGCUCCCAGGCUCUGCCUGGGGUCGGUCUCUUGGUGGACUGUAGUGAAGGUCGCAGGAGUGCUCAGCCACACACCAGAGGCUGGAAGCCAGCGAGAGAGAGAGAGAGCACUCAAGCAAGCAGAGGGAGAAGGAGAGAGAGAACUCAAGCAGGCUCCGCAGGAGGCCAACCCUGGGCUCUAUCUCACAGCUCUCAGAUCAUGACCUGAGCGGAAGUCAGGAGUGGCAGGUUUCAUCCUACUGAGCCGCCCGGGUGCCCCAGCGGAGCUCCAGUUC